GAUUUUUUUUUUAUUAAGAAGAAUUGCUUCAUUUGCAUUUAUUUUACCCGACAGAAAGCAGUGAAUUUGACUAACAAGGGAAAUGAUUAAGAGGGAAUUAUUUUUUUUUGUUCUUACUUCCUCGACUGUGUUUCGGUUUCGGACGUCAUUGCUCCUCACUUCUCGAAAACUUCCUGGAUUAUCGGCACUCACUCCGACGGCUCGGCACACACACACCGGUCUCCCCCCGCGUCUCAUCCGAGUGUUUGCAUUUUCUGUUUCUUUGUUUUGUUGUUUUUGUCUUGCUUCGUGUGUUAGCAUGCCAGUUGUAGCCACUUUGUUAUGAGUGUUGUUGAGCCGUGUGUUUGUCUCUCGCCUGACCGGCGAUGGCCACCGCGCCGCAGUCCGCGCUCCAUAUGAGGUCGGCCGAUCUCAUUAAAAAAGAGCCCCUGGACUACGGAAGCUUUGGAGAAGUGUACCUGUGCUACCACGUGACCCUCGGCCAGGUGGUGUUGAAGACUAUGUACACGGGGCCGUUAAGCAGCGUGAAGAGUCAAAGGUCGCUGCUGGAGGAGGGCAACAUCAUGGCGAGCCUGAACCAUGAACGGGUGGUGAAGUUGCUGGGUGUGAUCAUGGAAGACAGAGACUGCUCACUAGUUAUGGAACUCAUCCCCAGAGGCAACCUGUCCAGCAUGCUCGAUACGGUCGCGGUGCCGCUAUCCAUCAAGGGCAGAUUCAUCUCAGAGAUUUUGGAAGGGAUGGUGUACCUCACGGAAAGACAAGUCAUACACAAGGACAUCAAGCCAGGAAACAUUUUAGUGGACAAGGAUUUUCACAUCAAGAUUGCAGACCUUGGCCUGGCCACCAGCCUGACAUGGAGCAGACUGACGAAGGAGGAAUCUCGCAAGAGGAGUCGCAUGGGCUCCUCAGCAGAGGUGAGAGGGGCCGGCACCCUGAGCUACAUGGCCCCUGAGCACCUGGAGAGUGUACACACAGCCUCCACCGAGAAGUCCGACGUCUACAGCUUUGCCAUUGUGGUUUGGGUGAUCCUCACGGGGGAAGAGCCCUAUGCAAAUGCGAGGAGUGAAGAACAAAUCAGCCAGUGUGUCCAGAAAGGGGAACGACCGGAGGAGAGCCUCAUUCCACACGACACGCUCGUAGAGAUGAUUCAGCUUAUGAAGAGGUGCUGGGGUCACAAUCCGCUGCAACGGCCCACAUUUAAAGAGGGUUACGACUUUUUCCUUCCUGUCUACGCGGAAAAGCUUGAGCCCCACGUAGAGGACGAUUUACUGGAAUUAAGGGAAAUCUAUGAAGGUCCAGAGGAACUCAUUGAGAAGAUGAAAUCUUUGUCCAUGACCCAGGAUAGUUUAUUGGCUGAUUGCCCAGCUCCUUUGGUGAGUUCAGACAGAAGUGUACCCGAGCCGGUUGAAGCCAGUAUUGAGGACAUGCACGGCCUCCAACACGAGCCGCCCGUUGAGUCUGUCCAGACGGACGCGAAGACAGACGACAUGCCUUCCGCUCUGGAGGAGAAACUGGGUCGGGAGCUUCAGUACCACAAACAUGGCAGCUAUUACCGCGACGACCAGCAGGGCUGCCUCCGUCACAGCAACUCCAAUCCUCUCCUGCCCAACCACGUCAGCCCUUCAGAUUACGUCGCCAGGCAACCAGAACCAUACAGACCUUCCUACGCGUCCUCGGUCCAUUCUUGGACAAAGGCUGGGCCCGUGCAGCCCACCAGCCAGGAAGAGGCUUGUUAUCGCCCCACGGCGGGCCCCGGGGACGAGUCCCUGAACUCCAUGUCGACGUCUGCCAGCUCUCCUUCUCUAUCGCAGUUCAACCAGCAGCAUCCCCUUUCCCACUAUGGCCGCCAGCAGUCGUGUCCAGCUUACCCUGUGUCUGAGACAUCCGCUCCUGCCUUCAGUCCUGGGCGUCUCCUGCCCCAGAGCUUCUCACAGCAAGAUCCAGCAUCCCUUAUGAUAAAGAAUGCCAGCGGCAUCCAGAUUGGGAGCAACAACACGAUGCUUAUCAGGAGUUUUGAUUCCAUCAGUAGUUUAGAGUCGGUGCCAUUGGACCCAGCUGCCCCUUCCAUCAGAGAACGCAUUGUGAAAUAUGAGGACUGCGCUGUGACCGAGGACCACCUGGAUCUGGUGAGGGAAAACGUGGGAGUCAAAUGGAAGCGCUGUGCGCGGCGACUGGGUCUGACCGGCGUGGAAAUAGAGACCAUCGAGCACGACUGUGACCGCGACGGCCUGCCAGAGAUGGUGCACCAGAUGCUGGAGAGUUGGAAAAUGAAGAAGGGAAGGCUGGGCUGCACUAUUGGGAAGCUUUGUCGUGCUCUGGAGGGAAACGUAAAGGUAGACGUCAUCCACAGCAUUUUGGACACCUGCUGUUCUUCCUCCUAGGUGUGAUGCCCUUUCCACCUCAUCAUCAAAUUUAGAAAUACAUUUUCUAAAUGGUUUGGAAUGGAAUGAAACAUUUAACAAACCAAAAGCAAUUUGUGCCGCAUCAUUUUUGUGCCGCAAGUAUUGUCUCUGAAUACAUGUGCGUAGAAUGUUGGUGCUAAAGUAUUGAAAAUGUUUACUUUUAUCUAAGCUUAAGCCAGCUUUAUCUUUGUUUGUUGAUCAUCACAAUAACCACAGGGCUCACGGUAACUGAUUCGCUCAUUCAGAUAAAACCAUUACUGGAAUUUUUUUUCUGACAGUCUAUAAGCUCUCGGUGCCUUUUCCAAUAAAUGACUCUCUCUAUCAUAGGAUUUCAUAAUCAUUGUAUUUUCUGUAUCAAGUAAUCAUUGCCUUUUUGUAUUUAUGUGGCAGAUGAAAUGCAAUAAUUGAUACAAAAGUCAAAUUUUCAAGAGAAACAUUGGUAUUUUCAAGGGUUGUGUUGGGAAAGCCGUUAUAAUUUUCUUCUGUUGCUGUAGCUUUAAAUAAAGAAUGGAAUCAUCCUGUAGGAUAACCAGAGGAUACCUGUCAAAAGACAGGUACAUUUGUCGAUAAGAAGGUAAAAAAAUAAACUGUCAUUUUUAUGCAUCCAA